CCGGAAAGCGUGAAGGACCUUGUUCCGUAAAUAGGUCGUAAAUAGGUCGUCCUAUAAACUGGCCGAAAACGUUUGCUUCACUCAGAAAUAACUUUUCCUGAUAUGUUAGAACAUGGAGGAAUCACACAGGAAAGUCUUAAGAAAGUUUCGGCUUCACAUCUCGCGAAAUAUUGAUCCAAGGAGAAUAACAGAAGUACUGUUUACCAAAGAAAUUUUGGACGAAGCAAGCAAAGAAUCCAUUCUUGCUCAAACUACAAGUGAGGGGAAGGCAUUUUGCCUCUUGGAUGAGCUUUCUCGAAGUGGUCCUGAUGCUUUUGAAUCGUUUUUGAAUGCUCUUCAUGGCUCCGGCCGUAGUUUCUUGGCGAACGAGAUCAAUCUCCAUCUGUCAGGUAUGAAGAUAUUUUGAUUCUACACGAGCAUAAAAUAUUCAUGUACAUUUUUCACUAAAGACACAAAUAGAAGGUGAACAAAUUGAUUUAUAAAUCUAUGUAACUUAUUUGUUUAUAUGGCAAUCACAAUUAUCACCAGUAUGCUUAAAUAUUUGAUUAUUUAAUUGAUCAAACUUUUCUCUUACGCCUUCAUGUCUUAAUAGCUCAAAACGUAACAGUAAACGUACUCUUGACAUUGGAAAUCGGCCAGCUGAUAAACCAUGAAUGAAAAGCUGACGUGCAACUGCAGACUCAGUUAUUUAUUUGAAAGCACAUGUUCGUAAAGAAUGGUUACCUUCUUCUAUCUGUUUUGGAAAUAUUUCCAACCAUUUUUGGUGGAAACACACAGCUGUACGAGGGAAGGUGGCUCCUCAAAAGGAGCCGUCGACAACAACAAUCCCAUUUAUUUCUUUCUCAGAACAUGAUCCUGCAAUCAGAGUGGCCUUUAGCGCGGUCCGGAUUUUCCCUUCUCUCCACGGGCACUGUAACGCUUUCGUGAGUCGCCGAGAAGACAUGCCUAGCUUCGUUGCCGGGUAAGUACUAAAACAUGGAAAAACCUAAAACCACCUACAACCACCUCAAAAACAUCUUCAGCCACUCGAUACUAUCUAAAACCAUCUAAAACAAGGCAUAAAUGUCUAAAAUAAGGCGAGACGUCAAAAUGUCACGUAGGUGGUUUUAGGUGGUUCCAUGUUUUAGUACUUACCUUCGUUGCCGUUUUUUAUAACUAUAUUUUGCUUUGCCGACUGUGCAGUAUUUUCAGGCAAAUUAUUUUUAAGCAAAUCAAGCCGAUGGAUAACUUGUUGGUCCACACUCUUUUUUCUCUCAAAUCACUUUGGUUGCCAGAAAACACUUGUUUCCAAAACGAAUUUGUGAUAGCAUAUGUGUCGAUAAAUGAGUUAGCACGUGGCCUUAAAGAAGUCUCCAAUUAACUGUACUCCUUCACAAAAAGUAACUCAGAGAGUGAAAACUUUGAGAUACUUGUUUUCGAUGGAAUAAAUCGAUGGAACUUUUAUUCCUUUAAUAUCUGAAUUCUUUUAAAUAAUGUUUUUGUUGUAAAACGGUGAGCAAAGUUUUCAGUCCUAAUACAAAGACGCUUUCGGUAAGUCUUUGCAAGUCUGUUCAAUUUAGCUAUUUGUACCGUAAAUUUCACAACAAGACCCGAAGGAAUUCUGCAAGAAAAACCAUACUAAAUUCUCCUAGGGUCUAAUAAAGGUGUCUCAUUUUAUUUUAGUGUUAUGGUUAAAAAAGGCCAGAUUUACACGCGUCAAUGCAACAAACAAAUGAGCAAAUACCCACAAGUUCAAAACUUGUCAAUAAAUUUACUUGCAAUUACUUUCCUAGCCAUUUACUGACUGAACAAAGAUAUUCUUCCACAAUAAUAUCGAUGGAAGUGUAUGAUACUUUCCGUGAGAUCAUUGAAUGUUUUGAAGAAAAACUUGUCUUGACAGUUUGUUUGCUAAACUAGUACCAUUGUUUUUUUCAAAAGUGUACAAAGUUUGUUUCGAAGCCUUCUAAAUCAUCUUUAUCUGCUACAUAAAUAAACAUUUUCAGUGAAGCCUCUUUCUAUAAUUUGCAUUAUCUCUAUUUUUACUGCCAUUUACUAGCUUGAAAAUUGCUCAGUUUAAAGAAGAUCUUGCUGUAAUUACAGCCCUAAAUCAUUCGGGUUCUUUUGGCAAUUAUGUCUAGUUCCAGAAAAUGUUCAUGCCCUUCACCCAUUGCAGAGGGGAUUUCCUUUGAAAUAAAAUUUGAGAGGGCCAGUUUUGUUGGAAAUCUAGCCCAGAAAUUGCUGGUUGCUCACUUGAAAUAUAUUUCACAGUGGGAAAAAGUACCUUUCAUAAUUAAUAUUCUAAAGUUCUCUCGGUAGCCAGUUCAUUGAAAUUUUCAAAUGCAGUUCUGUUGGUGCAGGUGUCAAUGAAUGUAUUUGUCACUGGUCUUAAUUGAUAAAAGUGAUAUGGUUUGACCAAAUGGCAUUUUUAUGAGGCAGAUUUAAUCAAAUAUUUUCUUGUUAACAAGUUUUUCAUAUUUGAUAGGGAGUAUAUCUGGAGAUUUUCAAGGAGGAGGGGUUUAUACUCAUCUUGAAAAAGCCUUAAUUCAAAAGGGAGGAAUGUGGCUAGGUAUUACCACAUAUUUACUCAUAAUGCACUGAAUGAUGCAAUUACUGAGUUGUAGUGGUCACUAAAAAUGUUCUAAUUUUUUUUAUUUGCAGGUGUACAGCCCAGUGAGGGUAAUGAAUGGAGACCAAGAUCUAUUGGCCUUCCCAGAAAGGUUCCUAAUUUUGUUGGAAGGAUAGAUAUUUGUGAAGAAAUCACAGGGUUGUUGACCACAGAUGAGGAUGACAUAACUUGCCUUGUCACUGUUGUUGCCCCUCCAGGAUUUGGAAAAACUGCACUUGCCAAAACUGUCGGAAACAUGAUACUGAGUCAAGGAAAAAAAGAUGUGAUAUACAUGUGCCUCAGAUCAGUGUCAUCUCUUGCAUGUGCAGCGGAAUACUUGCUAAAGGAAGCAGUUGGUUCUCAUGCUGAUCAGAAAGAUGCAGUUUCACAGCUGAAAAGGUAUUUAACUUCCCUGCGAAAUCCAACAGUGCUGAUUCUGGAUAAUGCCGAAGACUUGCAAGCUGAAGAUGAGUCAAACUUUUAUAAACUUUUGGAGAAUAUUGGUGUCCAUGCCAAAAAUCUUGUCACACUUAUCACGAGCAGGAUCCCUAUCUCGACAUUAGAUCUCUGGUCUUUUGCCACCAAACAUUAUCCCCUACGACCACUAGCUAAUGAAGACUCAUUGCUCUUUCUCAAGAACUGUGUGCCCGACAUCUCACGUCAAAGUGCAAAGGAAUUUGCUACUGCUUGUCGUGGUAUUCCCCUGCUACUGAACAUAACAGCAUCAUUUUUAAAAAAAAAGGCAGUUAACCCUAGUGAUCUCCACAGAAAGCUACAAAACUGUCCUCACAGUUUUCUGAAAGGAAAGAGCCAAAAAAUUCAAGAGUUAAAUUCCCAUCUUAAAGUAUUUUACAACAAUUUACAACCUGAAAUGAAGAAAGUACUUGGUUUUUUGGCUUCCUUCCCAAGAUCAUUUACCAAAGAGGAAGCAAAAGACGUGUUGUUCCCAACUGAGGAUUUCCUAGAUUUCCAGUACAUGCUCGACAAUCUUGAGCAACAUUCACUCUUACAGCUAGAUGAAGUCAGCAAUCAUCUAUACUAUAGCUUGCAUCCUCUUGUACAAGCAUUUUGCAAGUCAUCACGGGAAGAGACCUGCAUGGAAUAUAACACAGCCAUUAAACUUUUUUCAAGGCAUUACCUUACACUUCUGCAAGAUCUGAGUGAUAAAUUUAUUGGUACAGAUGGUAAAGUUGCCAUUGACAAAUAUCACAUCAACAAGACUAACAUCAUUCAUGCGCUUGUAGCAUCAGUUGAAGAAGGGGAUGAUCAGUUAAAGCGUGAUGGACUGACCAUCUCUACCAAUGCUGUGAACUUCUUGGCAAAAGUCUUAAACAUAGGUGAAUUUAUGUCUGUGUAUUCACAGUGUUCUCAGGCAGCUGUGAAACUGAAUGACAAAAUCCUUCUCAGUGAGUGUCUUGUUUCCAUUGGAUUUAAACAGCUGUGUUACUAUGGCUACAAGGAUGCAUUCCACACAUCUGCAAAAGAAAGCCUCCAGCAAGCACAUGAACUUCAAAGUGAACUUUCGAUUUCUGGUACAGAAUGUGAGGGACACUGUAAGUGCAAGCUGGGUCUUUGCACUUUCAUUUCUGGGGACAAAAAGAAAGGCAUCUCACUCAUAGCACAAGGCAUUGCUAUACGGAAGAGGAGGGUACGCUCUGAUGGAUCUGGUAAAGUGGAACGCAUGCUUCUUGCUGGUGGCUUCUGUGAUUUAGCUAGUAAGUGUUGAGAAUUAACAACUGAGCUCUUUGCACUUCAAUGUUGAAUGAUUUUAAUUUAAAAAAAUUAAAAUACAGCUUUUUUAAGUGGUAAGUAAUGCACCCAUAUCUUCCAUAACCUGGCAAGAACUUUUUGUUGUUCAUCUUUAUUCUUGUAGUGGCCAUGUUUGUCAGUGGAAAUUUGAGAGCUGCUGUCAACAUCUGGACAAACAUCUGUCUGGUCAGAUACAGAGAGCUACUGGGGCAACACCCCUUCACAGCCUCCUUAUUACAUUACCUUGGAGAUGCUUAUCAGUGUCUUGGUGAUCUUAAGCGUGCAGUAGCGUUCAAGAGAGAGUCCCUUGAAAUGAGGAAAUACCUUUUAGGUAUGUAUUCUCAAAUCAGAGGUCUUUAAACAACCUUCCUUACGACAGGAUGCGAGAAAUAUGCAAUAGGACUUUGCAUUUCUAAUACUGAGUGAGUUUUUAGAGUUAUAACAAAUGUGACAAGACAGUGCAGAGGGUUUUAGUUACUCCUAAAAGUUGUGCCUUUCCAUUGUCAUUAUAGAUUGGAUUCAGUAUUGGUAAAUGUCUGCUAGUUGUUGAAACCGCAGAAAACACAAUAAGUAACGUGAAAUGUGACGUGAAUAUCCAACUUGCUGUUUAAUACUUUUAAUUAGUGAAUUGAGUAAUACACUAAGGCUGUGUGAUAGAAGCUCUGAAAGAGUUAUAUCAUACUCUUCAGGCAUAUAUUACAAAGACCUGGUCAUGGCUCAAACUCAAACCAACAUGCUAGCCAAUAAGCCGACACUCCUUGUAAUGACCACAUUCCAUUUUCAAAUCCUGAUAAACUGCCACUUACAUUUUCAGCUGGAGGUUUUCCCACAAUUUAUGUUGGAAGUUUUCUUAGUCCUGAUUUUGUUUUGUAUAUUUUAGGUGACAAUCAUUUGGACACUGCCAGAGCUUACUAUGGUUUGGGAUGUGCUCUUGGAGCCCUUGGUUCAACUGAAGAAGCAUUAGAAAACAUAAAAAAAGCUCGUGAAAUUCAAAUACGUUUUGCGGCGUCUGAGCAAGAUAUCGACAAGACAAAUCAAGAAAUGAACCGUUUGAGAGGAAGAGUUACAAUGGACUUUCCAUGUUUCAAAGUGGAACAAAUGUAUAUUUAA